UCUGGCGCUGUGCUUGGGAUGCUGGGGGCGCCGGGUUGUUUCCUCCAGACCCGGGUUGGGCUGAGGGGCUGGAUCGGGAGCGUGAGCCGCGUCCCUUCGCGUGCACCUUGCGGGGCUGCCGUUUGGGGCCUUGUGCCGGGCGGUCUGUGAGCCUUCCUGCUCCUCCCACCUUCAGCGCCCGAUACUCUCCCUCGGCCCAGCCCAGGAGGGCCAGGUCCCGUUCGUCCCCAUCCCCACCGCGGCCACGGACCUUGAGAUCAGCCCUCCCCACUUUCCGGGCCUAGGCCAGCCCUGGGCCCCGAAGCCCACCCGCCAACGCCUGUAGCAGCCGGCUUGCCCUGUGGUCCGUGGUAGUGUUGGUUACCAUGGUGAAGCUGGCGGCCAAGUGCAUCCUGGCAGGAGACCCAACAGUGGGCAAGACUGCCCUGGCACAGAUCUUCCGCAGCGACGGGGCCCAUUUCCAGAAGAACUACAGUCUGGGCGACAGUGUGGAACUCUUCAUUUUCGACUCUGCCGGCAAGGAGCUGUUUUCUGAAAUGCUGGAUAAAUUGUGGGAGAGUCCCAACGUCUUGUGUCUCGUCUAUGAUGUGACCAGUGAGGAGUCCUUCAACAACUGCGGCAAGUGGCUGGAGAAGGCACGGUCACAGAUUCCAGGCACCUCCCUCCCAGGUGUUUUAGUGGGGAACAAGGCAGACCUGGCCGGCAGGCGAGCGGUGGACUCAGCUCAGGCCCAGGCGUGGGCGCUGGGCCAAGGCCUGGAGUAUUUUGAAACCUCCGUGAAGGAGAUGGAGAACUAUGAAGCGCCUUUCCACUGUCUGGCCAAGCAGUUCCGCCACCUGUACCGGGAGAAGGUGGAAGUUUUCCGCGCGCUGGUGUGAAGGGGUGAGUGGAUCGCUCCGCACGGGGGAGCGGCGGGUGCUGCGGCGAACCUGGCCUGCGCUCCGUCUCCUUGGAAGAGGAGAGAAGAUGGAAUUGCCUCUGUGCCUCCAAUAUAUCAUGACAGCUUUAAAUAAAAUUAGGAGACAAUGU